AUGCAAUCCCUGUGGAUCUUCGUUUUAUUGGCUUCCGCCGCUACCGUCGCCCUCUGUUCGGCGUACGAAGACUACGAGGCACCUGUGGACAGCUACGAGAUGGCGGAUUACAUAUCUAAGCAUGCAACAAUUCUCAUCCCGCGACGCCUAGUACUAACACAAGAAGAGGCUCCACUAGAAAACAUCCGAUCGAGAAUUCUGAAGAGAAGAGCUAUGCCAGAAGACGGAUUCACGAAACGUGCUACUUCCUCCGCUGACAGACUCGCCGCCAUUCCUCGUUCUGGUUUGAUGAUCUCUGGACGUGGAUGGAUGCCAGGAUUUGUGGAUCAGCCACGUGUUUUCAAACGAUCAGUCCCUCUUCACAAAAUUUUGGUACGCCCGAUGAACGUUCCCGUCGCGUAA